AUGGAUCCAAGUGCUUAUAAAAAUUUUCCCGUUUUCUACUUGAAGCGGAAAGAAUCAGUAAACUUGGAGAACGAGAAAUUGAUGCCUAACCUAAACACACUAGAAGAUUAUAUUAAUGUAUGUUUCAGCAAUCUUCCUUAUCAAGAACUAACCGUAGAUAAUAAAAAGAGGUUCCAAAUCGAAGGUUUAUGUGAUUUUUUUGUUUUUUACAACUGCGAUAGUGUUAUAUGCCCAUUGAUAGAGAAACAAUGUAAAGGUAAAACGUUAUGUUUUUUUAACGACUUGUGUGAAAGGAUAGACAAUAAAUACUUUAAAAAUGGGGAUCAUUUUUUAAGGCAUUUUGUGGGAACGUGGAAUAAUUUUUCGUCUGUUGUGGUUCAUUUAGACGAACUGUUCAAGUCCUUCAGAACAUAUAAUAAAAUAUCCUGCUCCAAUUUUGAGUGCCCAUCAUACAUAUUUAAUCAGUUGUGGAAAAAAUGCAUAAAUGGGUAUGUGCUUGUGAAGAGGAUGCUCAUUCUCAGUGCUUGUGAUUAUUUAAAAUGUGAUAAGGUAUUUUGUGAAACGAAGUUUUAUCAGUACAUUUGUAUGAAUAUGCACGAUGAUGCUUUGGGGGACAGGGAAAAUGAAGGUAAUGGGGUUUCUCUUUCCCGUGCAGGGGUGAGAGCAGGUGCUACUCUCGCAGGGGGUCGCAACGUGAGCGCAAUUGGUAUGGGUACUUUCAGCGGAGAUACCUCGACGGUGCAGAACCAUUGGAGCGUAAAUUCUAACAAAGUCAAUGGGAACGUAAAGAAGUGCUCCGUUUCAUUCAAGAUCGACGAGAGCGACAACGGGAAAAACUGUGACAACGCUGGUGAAGAAGUAAAAAUGGGAGAGUCUGCAAAGGGAAGAGGUUUGAGUGAUACUACAUAUGUUAGCACUUCCUCCUUGGUUAAUACGCAUAUCGGAAUAGAAAAUGAACAGAGUGACAAUAUUCAUGCGAAUAACCAUAUCAACCCAUUCGACACGAGUGAAGUUAGAACGAAGGAGAACCAAAUCGAUGACAAGCUUAUGUGUGCGGGUCUGAGGAUUAUAGACAUGUUGGGAUUGUAUGACGAAUUUGAGCAAUCAUAUAAAAAGGAUACGCAGGAGUAUUACAUGGAGAAGGUAAAGGAGCAUAUGUCGAAGGAAGAUACCAAUACGAAAAAUCCAAACGAAAAACGUGACCUUCCUGAAGAAAUCGAGAAUUACCUUUGCCAUGAACAAAUGAGAUGUCGGAAAUUUUUAAAAGAAGAAACAGAAAUAGCUAUUUUAAAAAUGUUAAAGGAAGAGCUAAUAGUAAGAAACAAAGACGUACUUUUUAAAAAUGUGUACAUAAAGCAUUAUAUUGAGAAUGAGAAAUAUGAUAGUCUAAGGAUGCUCUACUUAUUUUCCCUUCAUAUGAACGACACGGAAAAAUUUUGCGAUAUAUUUUUUAAGGCAGUGGAGGAAAUAGGCCUUGAAAUAAUAGACGAGGUGCUAAAAAAGAGGGAUAAUUUAAAUACCCUCUACGAUGCACUUAUACGUUUAGUAAAUUAUAAACUAAACAUUGACAGAGUGAUUAUUAUUUCCUUUCGAUAUUCUUCCUUCUUUACAAACAAGUGGAAAGAAGUCUUCGAGCAUUUUCUGAACAAGGGAAAUCAUGCAGAGAAUUACAUGCCAGUGAUACUCAGCAUUUACCUGAACAAUUUGUUGAUGAUGUAUAAUACAGGCUUGAAAAAACUGAGGAAAUAUUACAUACUAAAUAAACAACUGAGGAAGGGAAGAAGCAAGAAAAAUGACAUUCUGUUUGAGAAGAACUGGUACAGUUUUUGCAACGAAUCUGUUAUCGAGGGGGUUGAACAAGAAAGCUCCAUUUCUGCGGACAGCGAUACAAUGAUGAUGGUCAAAAAGUAUUUAAAAAAGAAAAAAAGAAAAAGAAAAAUUCUCCACGGGAGGAUGCAAACGGGUGAACAAGGUAGCCAUUGUGAUAACGAGGCCACGGAAAAACCCAGCCACAGCAGCGACAGCUGUGAUGAAGAAAUGAUACACGUCCACACAGAAAAAAUGGAAAAGUUAUUUAAAAAGUAUCACGAUGUAGGGAAGUACAUUAUAAAUACAGUCACCAUAAUUCUGAGUCUUUUUAAAUACCUAAGUGAUAAAGAAAAAUUUGAAAAAUAUUAUCGAACAUAUAUGUGUAAACGAUUAAUAAAUGAUAAAAAUUUUAACAUAGUUCUGGACGUGAAAGUUUUUAAAACUCUUAAAAAAGAAUGUGGUCCCCAAUUUACCAAAAAAAUUGAAACAAUACUGAAGGAUAUGAAAUAUUCAUGUAAAGGCAUGCAGGAUUUUUACAAGGAAAUUUCACACGAUGGCAUAAAAUUACUGAAAAAGAAAAAAUAUUCCGUUAAUGUUAUAUAUAAUGAUGUGUGGGAACACAACAAAUUAGAAGGUGGCAUUAUUUACCCCGAAGCUAUAAGAUUAUGUAAUGAUUAUUUUUGCAAAUAUUAUGCACUUGUGAAUAAGGCAAAAAAUAUAAAAUUCCUUCCACUAUAUGGAUUAUGCACUUUGAAAGUCGAUUUUGGAAAAAUAGAAGAGAAAAAAUAUCGUACAUUGAGUAGCUCCUCUUGCGAAAACGCAGAACAUAGUGAAUCGGACAAUUCUGCGGGAAAGCACUUGUCAUGUGGCGAAAGGGACACCAAAGGUGCUAAAACAAAUGGUAGGAACGGUUUCCAAAAGAAUAAACACAAUGUUCAUGAAGAGGAAAAUUUCAAAAAAAGGAGGAGGUUCCUUUUCACCGUAACCACCCUGCAAGCAACCGUUUUACUUCUAUUCAAUAAGAGGCCACAAUACAGCAUAGGCGAAUUGACCGACCUAACAGGAUUUUCCAGGGACCAUUUAAUAGAAUAUUUAAAAGGCAUAUACACUGGCUACGAAACGAACAUUUUGAUUUAUGAUGAAGCACAUGAGAAUUUUCAGUUAAAUGUGAACUUCCAAACGGACAAUAAAUAUUUAGUGGUCAACUAUUCGGACCAGACGUAUAAGGACAACACAGCCAUACCUGCGUUGACACAGGAUGACAAGGAGUUGGAAGAUAGAACUCUACACAUAGAUGCAUCCAUUGUGAAGUUCCUAAAAACAUGUGGAAAAGCAUCCGAGAGGGAUAUUUGUGCUCAUACUCGCCAAAAAGUUAACAACUGCACGAAUGAGCAAAUUAAAAGCAGACUGGCAUCUCUCAUUAGUAGAGAGUUUAUAUUCUUGCAAAAUAAUAUUUAUUAUUUUGAGUUGUGA